AUGGGCUUGGGCGGCGGCGAUGAUGGUCCGUCGACCUACGGCGAUUACCAGCUCAGCAUCUAUGCGCAGGGCAUCUUUGGGGGCGUCAAGCCCGAGAUCACAACGGAUCCCAACAAGCUGAGGGAGCAAGCCCAAAAGGCGAUGACACCCGAGGCCUUCAACUACAUCGCUGGAGGUGCCGGCGAGGGCGCUACCAUGGACGCGAACCGCCUCGCCUUCCGCCAUUGGAAGAUCCUACCCCGGAUGCUGCAGCCCACAGCACCCAGGGAUCUGAAGGUUGAGCUGUUCGGGGAAACGUACGGUGAGUUGCUUUGUAAACCCCCUCAGCAGCCAAAAGCUCAUUCUGCAGAAUCCCCUGUUUUGCUGGCCCCUGUCGGCGUCCAGUCGGUGUACCACAAGGACCGGGAGAUCGGCACGGCGUCCGCGUGCGCCGAACUCAAGGUCCCGUUCAUCAUGAGCACAGCCUCGUCGAGCACGUUCGAGGAGGUCGCAGAGGCCUCGGGUGACAACCCGCGCUGGUUCCAGCUGUACUGGCCAAUGGACGACGAGAUCACGGGCUCGAUCCUGCGCAGCGCCCGGGCGGCCGGGUUCACGGUGCUCGUCGUCACGCUCGACACGGCCACGAUGGCGUGGCGCCCCGCGGACCUGGACCUGACGUUCCUGCCCUUCGUUGCUGGCCAGGGCAACACAGUCGGCUUCACGGACCCCGUGUUCCGACGCAAGUUCGCCGAGCAGAACGACGGUGACACGCCCGAGGACAGUGUCACGCUGGCGUCGCGGUACUGGAUCCGCGAGGCCUUCUCGGGCGACAGCCACCCGUGGAAGGACCUCGAGCUGCUCAAGCGGCACUGGGACGGGCCGAUCGUGCUGAAGGGCAUUCAGGACCCGCGCGACGCCGUGCUGGCGCUGCAGGCGGGUAUGUCGGGCAUCGUCGUCAGUAACCAUGGCGGCCGGCAGUGCGACGGCGCCGUGGGAUCGCUCGACAUGCUGCCCGAGAUCGUUGAGGCCGUCGGAGACAAGAUGACGGUCCUGUUCGACUCGGGUAUCCGGACGGGUGCUGACAUCGUCAAGGCCCUGAGCCUCGGCGCCAAGGGCGUGCUGGUGUCGCGGCCUGUCAUGUACGGACUGGGCAUCGGAGGUAAAGAGGGCGCGCAGCACGUUCUGGCGUCGAUACUGGCGGACCUUGACCAGACAUUGGGACUUGCUGGGGUCAAGAGCGUGUCAGAACUGAGCAAAGCGAACUUGAGGAGAGUGUUGUACCCAGGAGAUGUAAAAGCUAGCUUGUAA